UAAAUUAAAAAAAAGGUCACAGUCACUCUUCGCUUUUCCCAAUGCAAACAAAGCGGUUAGAUCGGUGACGCAUUAUCUUCUUCCCCCAUCACUUUCUCUCUACUUCCGGCGAGCUCUCUUCGACGGCCAAUGGACGCCGUCAUCCACGCUGCUCCACUCUCCGUCACGCGCUUACGUGCAUCAUCCUCUCCUUUUUCACCGUAUCUUCUUCCGCCGAGAUUUCUCACUGUUCAGCCAUGCCAUUGCCACCAAUUCACCUUCUCUCGAAGCAGCUUCCCUUCCAAAUCUAGGAUUCCUUCAGCUUCUUCCGCCGCCGGAGCUACUUUGAUGAAGAACUCAUCUUCGCCAAUAAGUGGAGUGUACACUGUUGGUGAGUUCAUGACAAAGGAGGAGGACUUGCACGUGGUGAAACCUACGACCACUGUGGAUGAAGCUCUGGAACUCCUUGUGGAGAAUAGAAUUACAGGAUUUCCUGUGAUAGACGACGACUGGAAAUUGGUUGGGCUUGUUUCAGACUAUGACUUGCUGGCUUUGGACUCAAUAUCUGGUAGUGGAAGAGCAGAAAAUGCAAUGUUCCCUGAGGUUGACAGCACCUGGAAAACUUUCAAUGCAGUGCAAAAGCUACUCAGCAAAACCAAUGGGAAGCUUGUUGGAGAUUUAAUGACACCAGCUCCCCUAGUUGUUGAGGAAAAAACCAACCUCGAAGAUGCUGCUAAAAUAUUGCUGGAGACAAAAUAUCGCCGGCUCCCUGUGGUAGAUUCUGAUGGCAAAUUGGUCGGUAUUAUCACAAGAGGAAACGUUGUUAGAGCGGCGCUUCAAAUAAAGCGCUCUGGUGAUAAGAAUCCUUGAUUAAGAUAUAAACCAAACAAGAAAAUAGGAAAGCAAUGAUGAAACGUUCUCCAACAAAAUAAAAGUGAGAAAACAGAGUAUUCCACAUUGUACAAUGUAUGAUUAAGAGCCAUGACUUAUAUCACCAGGGUUUACAUCAAAGUGAAGCCUAGUGAACUCUAGAAGAAUCAAAGAUCCUGAUAACAGUGGCAAACUCUGGUAAGUGGUAAGUGCACUACUUACUUUAUUUUCCUACAGAAUCAGCUUAUCUGUUUGGUUGAUGGGUUAGGUUAUCAGAUGCUUUUGGGUAUUUGAUUCUCAUCAGUUUAUACUUUUAAAGUUUAAUUUUAUUUAGAAAAAAAUAUUUCCCACUUUCUACAUUUGGUUAACCACCAAAGUAACAACCUUUUUAAGGUAUUUAA